AAUAAGCGGGAAAAAAAAAGAGAAAAAAGACGCGGGUGGCGGGCGAGCUCUCAGUCUCCGUCCAAAUCCAAAAUCCCUAACCCUAGGAAGAAACGAAGCAAUGAAGCCCUCUCGUUCUUGAUCUCGUGCUCGAUCUCAUCCCCAAAUCUAGGAUCUCUCGCACUCUCUCACGGCCUCGCCACCUCGGGGCUGGUGCCGGAGGAGAGCUCGCUUUCAGCUGGGGUGGUGUUGUGAGAGUGGGAUUUGGACUGGAGCAUUGAUCGGUCGGCGCUGACGGUUGGUUUGGGAAUGGAGAUGCCUAUAAUGCAUGACAGUGAUCGGUAUGAGCUGGUGAGGGACAUUGGGUCUGGGAACUUUGGGAUUGCGAGGUUGAUGCGGGACAAGCAGAGUGGGGAGCUCGUCGCAGUCAAAUACAUCGAGCGGGGUGAGAAGAUUGAUGAACAUGUGAAGCGAGAGAUUAUUAACCACAGAUUAUUGAAGCACCUGAAUAUUAUUAGGUUCAAAGAGGUUAUUUUAACUCCUACCCAUCUGGCAAUUGUUAUGGAAUAUGCUUCUGGUGGAGAGCUUUUCAAGCGCAUAUGCAAUGCUGGCCGCUUCAGUGAGGAUGAGGCCCGCUUCUUUUUCCAACAGCUUAUAUCAGGUGUUAGCUAUAUUCAUUCAAUGCAAGUUUGUCAUCGAGAUCUAAAGCUGGAGAAUACCUUGCUGGAUGGAAGUGAUGCUCCUCGCUUAAAGAUAUGUGAUUUUGGCUAUUCUAAGUCAUCAGUGCUGGAUUCUCAACCGAAUUCCACUGUUGGAACUCCUGCAUAUGUUGCCCCUGAAGUGCUAAGCAAGGAGCCAUAUGAUGGCAAGGUUGCUGAUGUGUGGUCAUGUGGAGUGACUCUGUAUGUGAUGCUAGUCGGUGCAUAUCCUUUUGAGGACCCAGAAGAUCCUAAAAACUGUUCAAAGGCUAUAGAGAGAAUUUUGGCUGUCAAAUAUUCUAUUCCAGACUACGUUCACAUAUCGCAUGGGUGCCGACACCUAAUCUCAAGGAUUUUUAUUGCCGAUCCUGCAAAGAGGAUAACAAUGAAUGAGAUUCGCAACCAUGAAUGGUUCCUGAAGAAUCUUCCAGCAGAAUUGAUGGAUGAGAACAUGUCGAGUGACCAAUACGAGGAGCCUGAUCAACCAAUGCAAAGCAUUGACCAGAUAAUGCAGAUCAUUGAAGAAGCAACCAUCCCUCCAGCUGCUACCCAUAAUUUUGGUGACGAUCUCGAUCUCGAAGACGACAUGGAGGAUUUGUACUCUGACCUUGAUCUUGAUGUGGAGACCAGUGGGGAAGUGGUGUUUGCCACAUAAUUUUUCGUGCUUUCUGUGUACCUUACUGGAAUUUAGCCAUAGUAGCAGAGUUUUGGAGAAACUGAGCUUGUUUUUAACUGAAGAUACAUGUAUAGAAACAACUCUUGUUCCUCAUACUAUCCCCUUUGUCAUCUUGGAGUAAACAGUACAUCUAUCAUGUAUUGUAUGCAUUGAGGUCAUUUUACUGUGAUACAUGUUUGCAGUUUAACAAAAAAAAAAACCCAUUUGUGA